AUGUAUGUCUCUUGCGUUUGGGUGAAAAAGGUUGAUGAGUGGGUAGGUUUGGAAGUUAAAGUUUGUGUUGUUGAGAAAGGAAAACGCGAGUUUGUGAUACCAGAUUUGGUGUCAGUGACGCAUUUGAAGCUUACAUGGCUUUGUAUUGACCAAUCACGUUUCUUUACUCCACACUUCCACCGAGUGGACUUGAUUUGUUCCAUGUCCAUGGCUACUCCACACUUCCACUCUCGCAUUCUGGUUUCUUUACUCUUCCAUUUCUUACUCGUCUUCUCCUACCUCCUCCACACUGCAACCGCAACCCAACAUCACCAAGAAGAAGACAAUCCCAUCACGCGCUUCCAGCGCUACCUCCGCAUCAACACGGCCCACCCCACCCCGGACUACUCCUCCGCAGUCUCCUUCCUCAAAGCCCAGGCCCAUUUGCUGGGCCUGACCUCCAAGACCAUCGAGUACACCCCAGGCAAGCCCCUCCUCCUCCUAACCUGGCCCGGCUCUGACCUCUCCCUCCCCUCCCUCCUUCUCAACUCCCACCUCGACUCCGUCCCCGCCGAGCCCGCCAAGUGGCUCCACCCUCCCUUCUCCGCCCACCGCACCCCCGACGGCGCCGUCUACGCCCGCGGCGCCCAGGAUGACAAAUGCAUCGCCAUCCAGUACCUCGAGGCCAUCCGCAACCUCAAGGCCCGCGCCUUCUCCCCCCUCCGCUCCGUCCACAUCUCCCUCGUUCCCGACGAGGAGAUCGGCGGCUUCGAUGGCGCUGCCAAGUUCGUCGAGUCCGACGACUUCCUCCGCCUCAACGUCGGGUUCGCGCUCGAUGAAGGGCAGGCAUCUCCCGGCGACGAUUUUAGGGUUUUCUACGCGGAUAGGGUUCCGUGGAACGUGAAGAUCCGGGCCAAGGGAGUGCCCGGGCACGGGGCGAGGAUGUACGAUGGAAGUGCGAUGGAGAAUCUGAUGGAGAGUGUGGAGGUUGUGAGUAGGUUCAGGGAGAGCCAAUUUGAUGUGGUUAAGGCUGGGAAAGCGUUGAACGCUGAGGUUGUGUCGGUGAAUCCGGUUUAUGUUAAGGCUGGUCUUCCUUCUGAUGAUGGGUUUGUGAUGAACGUGCAACCUUCGGAGGCGGAGGCUGGUUUUGAUCUGAGGCUGACGCCGACGACGGACCCGGACGAGAUGAGGAGGAGAAUUGCGGAGGAAUGGGCGCCGGCUGUGAGGAAUAUGUCGUAUGAGUUGGCUGCAAAGCAAAUGAACGAGCAAUUGUAUCAAGAAGCCAGCCUUAAGAAAAAAAAUCUGAGGCUCAAAAAAUUAGUCUCUUGGAUUACUGAACGGAAGGUUGCAUUGAUUACUGAGAAAGGACCCAUUAGAGACUACAUGGGACGCCCGAUAAUGACUGCAACUAAUGAUUCCAAUCCAUGGUGGUCAGUUUUCAAGCAAGCUAUCACAUCUGUUGGAGAAAAACUUUCAAGUCCUGAAAUUCUUGGAUCCACAACUGAUGCACGAUACCUUAGAAAAAAAGGAAUUCCUGUACUUGGUUUCUCCCCAAUGAAAAAUACUCCCAUCUUGCUUCAUGAUCACAACGAGCACUUAAAAGAUACUGUGUUCAUGAAUGGAAUACAGGUGUACGAGUCUCUGAUAAGUUCCUUGAGUACAUUUACGGAAGCUUCAGCACAUUAA